AUGUACCGAGCAAUAGUAAUCCUGUGUGUGAUAUUAAAUUUAAGUGAACCUUUGAGUGUGCCGAAAACCGAAUACGAAAGCUUCCUGGAAAAUCCUCGGUACCUCGACUACGAUGAAGUAACGAAUCUGUUCAGGAAACUCGAAGCGGAACAUCCGCAGCUCGUCCGACUUUUAUCGGUGGGCAAAUCGGUGAAAAACAGGGAUUUAUGGGUUUUGGAAAUCAACGCCAACGUCCAGAACAGGACUUUACUGACACCCAUGUUCAAAUAUGUUGCUAACAUGCACGGGGACGAGUCCGUUGGAAGGCAACUAACUAUCUAUUUAGCCCUGUAUUUAAUUCACAAUUACGGCAUUAACGAAAGAGUGACCAAGUUAGUUAAUAGCACAGAUAUUUAUUUGAUGCCUUCGAUGAAUCCAGAUGGAUACGAAAAUUCCCUGGAGGGUCUUUGCGAAUCCAAACCGAGAUAUGUGGGUAGAGAAAACGAGAACAGCAUUGACCUUAACCGAGACUUUCCCGAUCAAUUUGACACCACAAAAACAGGAACUAUUUUGGCCGGUCGACAACCCGAAACAGUGGCGAUGAUGACUUGGAUAAUUUCCAAACCGUUCGUUUUAUCUGGUAAUUUACAUGGUGGAGCCGUAGUAGCCAGUUACCCCUUCGAUGAUUCCAACUCCGGUCGACAAUAUGGCCAGGACAGUCCGUCACCUGACAACGCUCUAUUUAAAAAACUAGCCCUUCUCUACGCCCAAUCGAACCCCGUCAUGAAAAAUGGCACCGCUUGCCGAGACGACAAAUUCGAUCAAGGCAUAACGAACGGCGCCAAAUGGUACGAAGUACGAGGCGGCAUGCAAGACUUCAACUACGUCCACUCCAAUUGCUUCGAAGUGACGUUCGAACUGAGCUGUUGCAAAUUCCCACCGGCGAGGGCGCUGCCCAGGGAAUGGGCCAACAACAAGGAAUCGAUGCUGAGCUUCGUGGAAGCCACCCAUUGGGGCGUGAAGGGUAUGGUGCAAAACGAUAAGGGCGAGGGCGUAUUGGACGCCGACGUCGUCGUCGCGGGCGUCAAUCACAACGUCACCACGUCGAAUAGGGGCGAGUAUUGGAGGUUACUGUUGCCCGGGAGUUAUCGGAUGUACGCGGUUGCCUUUGGUUAUGAACCGUCCGAGACUGUUGAUGUUGUUGUCGAAGAAGGGAAGACUGCGAGACAAGAUUUCGUGUUGAAAUUGCAACAGCCACAAUCAGUCAAUUACACGAUUGAGGAAAUUAAUAAUAACACAUCAAAUAAAUACGGCUUCGUAAUCGAUGACCCCACUUUGUUCAAACACCAUCACUACGAAGAUAUGGUGAAAUUUAUGACAGAAUAUAGCAAAAUAUACUCGAGUAUUUCUAGACUACAUUCUAUUGGAAAAUCAGUGCAAGGAAGGGACCUUAUGGUAUUCGUUAUAGGAAGCACUCCCGAUACUCACGUAGCAGGUAAACCUGAAUUCAAAUAUGUAGCUAACAUGCACGGCAACGAAGUCAUCGGUAGGGAAUUACUACUUUAUUUGAUUAAAUACAUAUGCGAAGGAUACGGCACAAAUGACAGAAUUACUAAGCUGGUUAAUACCACAAGAAUCCAUUUCCUACCAAGCAUGAAUCCGGACGGAUACGAAAUGUCGCAAGAAGGCGAUGCGUCGAGUUUAAUAGGCAGGAACAACGCCAACGAUUUCGAUUUGAACAGAAACUUCCCCGAUCAAUAUGGCACUAAUAAGUUUAACAGUAUUACUCAACCAGAAACAGCAGCAGUUAUGAAUUGGACGCUAUCGCAGCCCUUCGUUCUCUCCGCUAAUUUACACAACGGAGCUUUGGUAGCCAAUUACCCCUUCGAUGACACCCCCAACAACAUACCGAAUGAAAAUUUAUCACCCGAUGACAAAGUAUUUAAACACUUAGCGCAUACUUACGCCAAUGCUCACAGGACAAUGCACGAGGGUAUCCCCUGUCCCAUGUUCCCUAAGGAAAUCUUCGACGGCGGCGUCACGAACGGCGCCAAAUGGUACGUGGUAACCGGCGGCAUGCAAGACUGGAACUACCUCGUGGCGGGUUGCAUGGAAAUUACAUUAGAAAUCGGCUGCUACAAGUACCCCAAAGCCAACGAGCUGCCGGAUUAUUGGCUGGAUAACAAGGAAGCCCUCGUGGCCUACAUGGAGCAGGUACACAAAGGAGUGAGCGGUUACGUUACCAGCACCAUCGGACAUCCGAUUGAUUUCGCCGAAAUACUCGUCGAAGGAAUAGACCACGCGGCGCGUUCGGCCAAAUUCGGGGAUUAUUACAGGAUUUUGCUGCCCGGUAGAUACAACGUCACGUUUUCAGCGAGAGGAUACGAAAGCUACACCACCGAAAUCGUUGUACCGGAUUCAGGCCACGUGCAAUACAACGUGACGCUAAUGAGAGACGAUCCUCGACAUUGGGCGAACGCCUACGAUUUCAACCUAGGAGAGAACCAUUUCAAUCCCAAGUACCACACCAGCCACGAAAUCGACGUCAUGCUAACCGCGAUGGAGAACAAUUACCCCGACAUCGCCGAAUUCCAAGGCGGCGAUAACUUCAUCUCGAUGGCCAUACACUCGCUGAAAAUAACCAAUAAGACGGCGAACGACGAGGAAUCGAAGUUCCACGUGGCCAUCGUGGGCAACCUGUUCGCGACGCAGCCCAUCGGCAGGGAGUUGGGCGUCUUCGUGGCGCGCCACCUGCUCGAAGGGUACCGCGUGGGCGACGAGCGCGUGGCGCUUAUCCUGUCUCGAAUGGUGGUGCACGUGGUGCCGGUGAUCGACAAGGCGUUCGAGAGCAUCUGGGGCGACUACGACAAGGCGGCGUCGGGCGCGGUGAAGCCCGAGCGGUUCUCGUGCAACGACAUCUCGGCCGAUUUCCGGCAGGUGGGCGAGCAGGUGCUCAACGUCAACGGCAGGGACAGCAACAACCAGGACACCAAGUCGGUGGCGAACGCGUUCAAGAGGAUGCUGGUGGAGGAGAGGUUCGAUUUGGUGGUGAAUUUGGAAGGAGGCGCUACUGGGAUAUUAUAUCCCACAACGAAAGAUGAUAUUCGAAUAUACAAAUAUGUAGCAGAUGCUUAUAGCUCGGGUUUGGGCGUAAAGAGGCAUUGCAGCAGCGCGAAAAUCGGUACAGAUAAAUUACUUACCGAGUACUUGUACCAGGAAUACAAUACUCCGAUGUUAACAGUAAAAGUGAGUUGCUGCGACUAUCCUUUCGUCGGUGAUAUCCCGUAUAUUUGGAGGGAAACCUUAAAUCCUCUCAUGAGGGUACUAUCAACGUUCCUAACAGGAGUUAAAGGAACAGUGGUGAAUAAUUUAGGCGAGCCGAUGUUGAACGCCUCGAUAAAAAUAUCAGGGGUGGCUCAAACAUACGAAGUGACUAAAAAUAAAGCCCUGUUCAAGAUAAUGUUGCCUCCGGGCGACUACGAGCUGCGCGUGUUUUGCCACGAUUACCGGCCCAGCCUCGACAAAAUUACCGUUACCCUCGGGCAAAUCACCACAUUAAACGUAGCGCUUAAUAAACUCGGUACCGCGCCCGAAGUUUACCCCGGUACUAUCGUUAAAACGCCCAGCGAGAAUCAUUUACAACUGCCAUUCGAGGGAGAUGUUCCAACAGGAAUUAGAGGAUACGUUCAAGAUUAUUCGAAUCAUCCAGUUGCACAAGCCAACGUGACAGUACUGGAGGUAAACAAGACUGUUUUCACUGACGAAACCGGUAAAUACGGUGUACCAUUACCGCCCGGAAACUACACGGUUAACUACGAAUCUCACGGGUACCAUCCCACUAUCAAAUUAGUAUCACUAAAUUCAUACAAUCGUUUACCCACGAUCGUGAUGGUUAGAUUGAAGGUAGAUUCGAGCUAUUUCGGUAUACCUAGGUUGCCUUUCGUGUUCAUCAUAGGCUUCGCUUGCGCGGGUUUGCUAGGCGUAGGUUUGGCCUUUUACGUGUGCUGCAAGAAGCGAAACGAAUACGGCCCUCUGGCGCAGCACAGUUUCUAUGAGGACUUUAAGUAUGAUUUGAGGGACGAGUCGAAGGAGGACGAACUGUUUCGCACGCCUCUGAAAACGCCUAUUUUGAGACCUUAUUACGACGAAGAUGACGAAGAUGAUGAUGAAGAGAUUGUUGCUUUUUCGCAUAAUGAUGGAGCUAUGAGCGAUUCGAGUUUUGAGAUGUGA